CGCAAUCCAAAACAUAACCUCAUAUUUUACAUCUGCAUAUUUACAUCUUUUAAGUAAAGUACUUUUUAAAAUGAAUUCAACGGUAUCAAACGAAUCAAUAUUGUCUAAUAUUGAUUCAAGUGUUUUUCGUUUAUAUUUACUAAAUGGACCCAAAGAAGCAGACCUAAAGGCUAUAAACAAACUUCUCUCGGCAUCAAAAACAACUGGAAAAGGUUUAGAACUGUUACACUGCGUACUUAAUUACUGCACCUUCGAUACCAUCAGCGAAUAUGUCGUCAAUUGGAUGGACUCUAUAUUAAAAAUAUCUGCAGAAAGUUACAUGGAAAACAAACUAACAUUGAUAGGAAAACUAGUCGAAAUAUCACACACCAACCAUGAUGUAACUAAAAAAAUAGUAUCCGAUCAUUUAUCAAAAAUCGUCUCGUUGUGUUUGAAGCAGAAUAAGAAUUACCACAACGUGCUUGCUGCAUUGGAAGUAUUAACGGUAACCAUGAGAAGAUACGGAAGUUGGUUCGCUAGUCAGAAAUCGCACGUUGAAACCUACAUAACAUCAUUUAUGGAAAAUUCCUCCGAUGAAAUCGUCGAAAAAGCUGCCGUCGCAUUUUUGCUGUUGCAGCAAGUCGGCAAUGCAGGACUCGACAGCGUUAAUCACAGGAAUUGCUUUAAGGAUUCGUUCAAAAAGCUCUGUACGACUGUGCACAUUUUAUACGAGGAUUUUUUUCAAAACAGAGUAGAUAUUCACCACGUGGAUCGUACACCAAGCGAAGGUAGUUUUAAGUUUGUAGACCAUUCGUUUGACUCCAAUUUGAUGAUCGGAGUAACUGCAAAGCGUAUUCAGAAUGUAUUGAAAUUUAUCAUUGUGAUGAUAAAGAAAGGCUUUCCCGUUUGUAAGGAUAUACAACCAAUGGAUGUAUUUAACGUAGUCAUUAGAGGAACCAUGCCCCACCAAUGCAUUACUACUUCACAAGGCGUUUCACAAGAGGAUUACCAAUUUUGUUCCUACCUUAACCAAGUUCAAGUGCACUUAAUACAUUUAUUGAGGAUCUUCGUUUAUUGGCUGAAAAACAAUUCGUUUCCUUAUGCUUUCGUUAUAAGUAAAAUUUUAAUAGACUGCUUGAAGAGGAGCCAGAGUUGUAAAUGCUUCGAUGUCGAUGUUUUAUUUCAAGAAUCAAUUUAUCUUACUUUGGAUUGUUGGAUAUCAACAUCGAGAACUGGACUUAACUCAAAUUUUCAAGAACAAUUGAUAACGUGUAUUUUAAAAGACAUUGCACCCGCUAAAACGUCCAUUAGUUUAAAAGUGGAAGUUGAUGCAAACGCAAAAAAAGGCAACAAGAAUAAACAGAAGCCCAUCAAUAGCACGCUUUCCAAUCGAAAUAUACGAGGGGACAUUAACAAAUCCGAUUAUACAAUAAAGAGAGAUGAAUUGAGAUGUGAACUAGCACUGAAAACUUUAGCAGCUUUCUUCAAGCAUUGCUAUAUACGUAUAAAUUCUACAACUUUCAAAAAAAUUUAUCAUCAAACUAUGACGAUUUUAAAUUAUAUUAACACUUCUAAAUUUCCUCAUCCCUACACUAAUCAUAAAUGCAUCCUGAACCUUUUUGAAUUGCUGAUAGCUUUUUACGAACAAGACACUUUAUACAAUUUACCAUUUAUUUCGCUUACUAUUAAUACUCUGAGCAAUUAUUCUUCGAGUGAGAAUACCGAAAUAGCUGAUGUUUGCAAAAGAGGACUGAAUUAUUUAGAAAAGGUCUGUCAGCCUGUAUCGCUCCCGUUCAGCAUAAUCAGGUCUACGGGCGCCGAAAAUAAGGACUUUCUUUUGGAUUGUGAAGUAGAUUUAGACGUUACAGAUGUUGAUCAAGCCGGUACAAAAACGAAAAUAAAGAAAGAAAUUAUAAUUUUAUCCGAUACAGUGAUUAAGCCUGCCAACGAGGACAACCCAAAUACAUCUAAUGAAACGGAUAAUUUAGAGAAUAACUUCGAUGAGUGCAUAAAACUCGAGUUGAGUUCGGACAAUUUGGACGAAAAUCCAAUACACGUUACGAAUGAAACGAACUUGGCGAACAAUUUAGAAAGUAACAUUGAAGACAACCUAAAAGUCGAGUUGUCUUCGAAUAUUCCAAUCGGUGAUGAUACAGAUAUCGCAGGUGAUAUAAGCGAUUUUAUGGAAAGCAACAUGAACAGCAGCAUAAUCGAGUCGAAUGUGGAUUAUGAACCAUCGAUAAAAAUUCAAAAAAUCGAUAAUACAUGUAAAUCUCAAAAUGGAAUUGACGAAAAAAAUGUUCCCAUAGAUGUAGAUUCAGAAUUUGAAUUUGUUGAUUUAAUUAAUGAAUAUUAAUAAUUUGUAAAAAUACACAUUUUUGUAUUUUCAUUUUCUAGUUUUGUUUCUGUAUUUUCGUUUUGUUCAAUAAAGUGUUUGUAAAC